AUGUCCUUUCAAUUUAUUGAAUUAUUAAAUGCCACCGACUAUCUUUUCAUUAUCUUCUCAACACUCCUUUUAUACCUUUUUAAUUUUUAUUACAAUUAUUUCACCCGUCCAAAUCCACUUCCUGGUCCUCUACCUUUACCGUUCGGACUAGAGAAACUAUUUUUUGAUGGUAACUUCAAACACCUAGCUGUAAACUUAAAUCAAAAAUAUGGAGAUAUUUGUGAAUUCAGAUUGGGUGGUUAUAGAAGAAUAUUUCUCACUAAAACAGAUCAUUUCGAUGAUUUAUUAUCACCAUCAAAGAAUUUAGCAUUAUUUACAAAAGUUGAAUAUAUAUCGACUGCAGAUAAGUUUGGAAAUUUUGGACGAGGAAUGUUCCUUAAUAAUAAUUACGAUACUUGGAAGAUUAAUAAGUCAUUCCUUUUACAAUCCAUUUCAACUCCUGGUUUCAAUAAAGAAGCUAUAAAUAAUACAAAUGAAUUAUUUAAAGAGUUGGAUGGAUACUGGAAUUUGCUUAGAAAAUCUCAAUCUUCUAAUUAUGAUUGGUUGGAAAUAGACUUUUCACCAUGGAUAAAUAGAUUUAUGACUGAUAAUAUUUCAAUUAUAGCAACUGGUGAGCAUGGUUGCUCAAUGGCAUCAUAUUAUAAUACAUUCAACUCAGAUAAAUCUAAGCAUGAAAGAUUUUUUGUUGAUAAUCCUGAAUUAUAUAAUUCUGAUAGAUUCGCCCAAGCUAUCGCGACAUAUAAGGAAGGAUUAACGUUUUUUUAUUUUAUUCAUCCAUUUUUGAUACGUCAUGUACCAUUUUUUAAAAAUAAAGCAAAUGCUUUUCUAAAAAAUAACAAUUACAUGAUGAAAACGCUGAAUAAUAUGAUUGAAGAGAGAAAAUUUGAUUUUGCAAAUACACCUCAGAAAUUAAAUUCGAAGCAUGAUUUGUUAACUCUUAUCACUUCAAAUCAUGAUGCAAAAAGUAAGGCGAUAGAGUCUUUAACUGAUGAAGAUAUUAGAGCACUUUUAUUGGACGUUUUUCUUGCUGGAUCUGAUACGUCCUCAAACACAUUAUGCAGCGUAGUUUACUAUAUUUGUCGUAAUCCACGCGUAAAACAAAAGUUAUUUGAUGAAAUUGAUUCAGUUUUUCCAAAUGAUUCUUCCGGCACAUUAUGCAUAACUGCUGAAAAUCUUACAAAGCUUAAGUAUUGUGAAGCAAUAAUUAAAGAAGCUUGUCGUAUAGCGCCAAUAACGCCAGUAAUAAGAAGAGUUUCAAGUGCAGAAUGCGAAGUUGCUGGAUACACAUGGCCGGCCAAAACUAUAUUUUACAUAAAUUUGGCUAGCAUUCAUAUGGAUGAGAAGUAUUGGCCAAAUCCUACCGUUUUUGAUCCGGACAGGUUUUAUUUGCAAAACAAAUUGGGUGAAUUUAAUGGCGAUUUAAGCAAUUUUGAAAAUGAGAAUAAAAAGUCUAUUCAUAACAAAAACAAAUAUUCAUUAAUUAUGUUUGGUGGUGGUAUUAGAAUUUGUCCUGGAAGAAAGUUAGCAAUGCUUAAUAUGCUAACUUUUAUGGCAUUGAUGUUCAAAAAAUAUGACGUAGAAUUAACUGAUAUGGAAGCUCCCUUAAAAACGCAUACUGGAUUCAUUACUAAUUGUCUUGAGUUAAAAAUCAAAAUUAAACCUAGGAAACCAUUAUAA